GGAAACUCAUGGAGGAGGAGGAGGAGGAGAAGGAGGCUUUUUUUUUUGAAUACUUGAAGACGCGACGUCAUGAGUAUUCUCGCAGAUGUUCGUGUUAGAGACAACCAGACUAAGCAGAUUCAAGAAAUGGUGACAAAUGUGGAGAAACACUUUGGGGAGCUCUGCCAGCUUUUCGGUGCCUAUGCCCGUAAAACAGCGAGGCUACGGGACAAAGCCGACCUGCUAGUGAAAGAGAUGAACGUUUAUGGGGACACCGAGACACCAAAUCUGAGAUACGGGUUGAAACAUUUCGCAGAUCAACUGGCAAAGGUUCAGGAUUACCGGCAAGCUCAGGUUGAAAGACUAGAAGCCAAAGUGAUUGAACCUUUAAAAAGUUAUGGGACUAUCGUGAAGCUCAAGAGGGAAGACCUCAAAGCAACUUUGAGUGCCAGAAGUCGUGAAGCAAAACAGAUGCAGCAGCUGGAACGAAUGAGGCAAAAGAACCCAUCAGAUCGACAAAUAAUUUCUCAGGCUGAGAGUGAUCUUCAGAGAGCAACAAUGGAUGCCACACGCACAACACAGCAACUUGAGGAAACCAUUGAUGAUUUUGAAAAGAGAAAAAUAAGAGAUAUAAAGAAAAUCCUGGGAGAAUUUGUUACUAUUGAAAUGGCAUUCCAUGCAAAGGCUUUGGAGGUUUACACAACUGCAUUUCAUCAUAUACAGAAUGUGAAAGAAGAUGAGGAUCUACAGGUCUUCAGAAGUACGCUGCGGCCUACAGACUACCAGUCUCGCUUAGAAAUAGUUCGUGCUAAUUCCGGAUCUUCAUUGAACAGAACUGGUUCAAUAAAGACUAUGUCAGGGACUCUACAGCAGCAAACUGUAAGCAGGCCGCUUAAAAAAGAUGAUGAUGAACUAGAAGAUGAGGAAGAGGAGGAAGAUGAAGAUCUGGAUGGUACAGAAGAUGAAAAUUAGUUAAUAUCAGUGUUUUCUGCCUUAAUGAUGUAUUAUUUCAAUUAUAUAUGAAAAAUGUUUUUCCAUUUAUUUUUAAACCAAUAAACUUCUGUUUUUAAUGUUCA